AUGACGGUCUUUUCGCCUACUCUUCUGCCGCCACACUCCUCAGUAUCACCAUCAUCGUCGUCAUCGUCGUCUAAGCGAACGAUUACGCCUCCGCAUAGUUCACAUCGCGUGUCGUCUUCGGGAACGGUGCAGAUUGUUUCCCCUGGUGCGACGUCGUCUGGCAUGGCGGCGUCGUUUCCGGGGGUUUGGCCGUCGUCACCUUUGGGAAGGGUGGGCGAGGAAGGGGUUGUUGGUUCGGAGGCGUCUUCGACGGCGACGGUUCCUGCGUAUGACUACCAGAGCCAGGACCGGCGGCGGCGGUAUCAUCCUCUGGCUGGAGAUGGGUCUGGCAGCGGCGGGAGGAGGAUGACGCCGUUUUGGUGGACGGAGGAUGGUUCGGCUGCUGGGGAUGUGCCGCCUCAACGGGGCGACGAUGAUGGGGAGAGGGUGCGUUUGCUGGGUGGUAGGGGUGCAACAGGGGAGGUGAGGGGGCUUGUGAAUGUGGUUGUGCAUGGGGUUGUGCUGGCGAUGCAGAGCGGCGUUGCGGUGGGUGUUUUGACGGUGUUUGUGUGGGUUGGGGUGUGGAUGGAUGAUGAUGGGGGUUUGAAUGGUGUUUCUGGGGAGAUGUUACGCAGCAUUCCAUCCCUGACGACAACGGCCAUCCUCAUCCUCUCCUUCAGCACGCUCAUCGUUCACGAGGUCUACCUCCUCUCUCCGGUCGUGCUGCUCUACCUACAGGCCGCCAUCCUUGCGCUCGCCACCGUCGCCGCGACGAGCAUGUGGGUGCGCUGCGUGCGGGAAGACAACGGUGUGGUUAAGUGCGUUUUGGUGAGCUGCGGGACGCUGCUGUGGGUGAUGUGUGGGAUUGCGUUUCUGAGGGCAGCGGUGGUGUGGAAGGUUAUCAGCUCGAGGGAGGAUGAAGGGGUUGGAGAGGAGGGGGGUGAGGAGGUUCAGGGGUAUGCCACGCUUGAGGGGAGGUGAAUAUGGAUGAUGGGGGGAAGACUGGAUGAGUGCGGGAUUGAUGCUUCACUUGCUGUUGAUGGCCGU